AUUAGAAUUGGUUAGAGAACCGCAAUACCGAACUCAAGUACUCCCCAAAGCGACAUACCGUGCGGUGUCGUUGUGAGUUUCGUACGGCCAUUAUUGUCGCAGCGGCAAGCUUGUAACGAUCUUCAACAUAGAAGUAUCUACCUCUUUCUCCUCUCAAACCCGUCUCUUCCCAUUUUCUUCUCUAUACUCACUUUGUACUCACAAGUUCCAGGGAAAAGGAAAACAAAUUUUCUCAUCUCACCUUCUCCUAAUUUUGCAUAUCACAUGUUUGUUAAAUAGCCUCAAUGGCUUUCUCUUCAUGUCUCAAAUGCUACCCAUGCUUUCCUUCUCACCCACACCAACCUUUCUCUUUCUCUUACAAACCCAUCUCCAAUUCCACUCUCUCCUUCGCGUCCGCACAAAACCACGCGCCACUCGCCACUCAGUCCAAUUCAGUACCUCUCUCUCCCAAUUUCACUUCUUCUCAGCUCCUCGACUCUCUCCGUCGCCAGAAUGACGAAACCGCAGCUCUUCGCUUGUUCGAUUGGGCAUCCAAGCAGCCUCAUUUUAAGCCUGAUGUAUCAGUUUACGAGGAAAUCCUUCGUAAACUUGGCAAAGUUGGUUCAAUUAAUUCGAUGAAGGAAAUCUUGCAAGAGAUGAAGGUUUCUGGUUGCGAGAUUGAUAGAGGUAUUUGUUUGAUUUUUAUUGAGAGUUACGCUAAAUUUGAAUUAUUCGAUGAAAUUCUUGGCGUUGUUGAUAUGAUGGAAGUAGAAUUAGGGUUAGAACCAGAUACGCUUCUUUUCAAUUACUUGUUAAAUGUUCUUGUUGAUGGUGAAAAGCUAAAAUUAGUUGAAAUUGCGCAUUCUAACAUGGUUAGUAGAGGAAUUGAGCCAGACGUUUCUACUUUUAAUAUAUUGAUAAAGGCUUUGUGUAGAGCACAUCAAAUUAGGCCUGCCAUUUUAAUGAUGGAGGAAAUGCCAAGCUAUGGUUUGGCCCCAGAUGAGAAAACUUUCACUACUCUAAUGCAGGGUUAUAUUGAGGAAGGAAAUUUAGAUGGUGCAAUUAGAGUAAGAGAGCAAAUGGUGGAAAAUGGGUGUCCUGCAACCAAUGUGACAGUGAAUGUUUUGGUUCAUGGGUUUUGUAAAGAAGGAAAAAUUGAGGAAGCAUUAAAGUUUAUAGAUGAGAUGUCUAAUGAAGGUUUCUUUCCUGAUAAGUUCACUUUUAAUACAGUGGUAAAUGGGUUGUGUAAGGCUGGACAUGCUAAGCAUGCUUUAGAAGUCAUGGACAUGAUGCUUCAAGAGGGAUUUGAUCCAGAUGUAUAUACAUAUAAUACUUUGAUUUCUGGGUUGUGUAAAUUGGGUGAAGUUGAAGAGGCAGUGGAGAUUCUCGAUCAAAUGAUUUUGAGGGAUUGUUCGCCGAAUACAGUCACUUACAACACAAUGAUUAGUACAUUGUGUAAAGAAAAUCAAGUAGAAGAGGCUACUAAACUUGCUCGUGUUUUGACUAGUAAGGGGAUUUUACCUGAUGUUUGUACAUUUAAUUCUCUCAUACAAGGUCUUUGUUUGUCUCGAAAUCAAACUGUUGCUAUGGAGCUGUAUGAGGAGAUGAAGAGUAAAGGAUGCCAGCCUGAUGAGUUUACCUACAAUAUGUUGAUUGACAGCCUCUGUUGUAGAGGGAAACUACAGGAAGCUUUGAGCUUGCUUAAGGAAAUGGAAUCAAGUGGAUGUGCACGAAAUGUGAUAACAUAUAACACAUUGAUUGAUGGGUUUUCUAAAAACAAUAGAAUCGACGAAGCGGAGGAGAUCUUUGACCAGAUGGAACUUCAAGGAGUUUCGAGAAACUCUGUUACCUACAAUACCCUUAUAGAUGGCCUUUGUAAGAGCAGGAGGGUGGAGGAGGCUGCUCAACUAAUGGACCAGAUGAUAAUGGAAGGAUUGAAGCCUGACAAAUUCACUUACAAUUCUAUGCUUACAUACUUCUGCAGGGCAGGAGAUAUAAAAAAAGCAGCUGAUAUUGUCCAAACUAUGACUACCAAUGGAUGUGAACCUGACAUUGUCACAUAUGGGACCCUGAUCAGCGGGCUAUGCAAGGCAGGUAGACUUGAAGUAGCAAAUAGGCUCCUUAGAUCAAUUCAAAUGAAAGGUAUGACUUUGACUCCCCAUGCUUACAAUCCUGUAAUUCAAGCACUAUUUAGAAGGAAAAGAACAAAGGAAGCAAUGAGACUUUUUAGAGAAAUGGAGGAGAAAGGUGCUUCUCCAGAUGCUAUCACAUACAAGGUUGUUUUCCGUGGACUGUCUAAAUCUGGAGGACCAAUCUCUGAAGCUGUUAAUUUUGUGAUAGAGAUGACUGGAAAAGGAUUUUUACCAGAAUUUUCUUCAUUUUAUAUGCUCGCUGAGGGACUCUCAGCUUUGGCCAUGGAGGAUACGCUAAUUAAGCUUCUUAACUUGGUCAUGGAGCAAGCAAACUUUUCAGAAAAUGAAGUUACCAUGAUAAGAGGUUUUGUCAAAAUUCGGAAGUUCCAGGAUGCAUUGGCCACACUUGGAGGUAUCCUCGACAGACGAAAGCCCAAGAAGUCUUACAGAUGAAGAGAAUUUUGAUAUGCUACUGUUUAAGAUGGUUAUAAAGAUAGAUGACCUACCUACUUAUAAGAAGUUGGAACCUGAAUGGGUUGCUAGUUUUUGAUGAAUACCUCGUAGAGCCAUUGUAAACAAGUGUGUACUGUUAAUUGUAAACAAGUGUGUAUUAUAUUUCUAAAUUGAAUAUUUACCAUGAUGGAAUUAAUCUCUGGACUGAGCUGAUGCACUGGAAGCUCAAGAGCGUAGGAAUUGCUCUGAUUACUGGAACAAUUUAUUAUGGUGAAUCUUCUGUUCUAUUGCGCACCUGAUAUUAAAUUUUGUCCCAA